CCGCCUUUGCGCGUGUGUAUCCUUCCGCAGAGCCGGUGCGUCACAGCCGCAACACGCGCAUCUGACGGCCGCCACAAACCCGGAUUUUACAUCUACUGUCGGGCGGUCUAUCAGAGUUUGUGUUAAUAAAUCAGUUUAUUGUUCUCAUACGAGUUUCAUCUGUCGUGUCCGGGUCGGUUUAGGCUUUAUACGGCUAACGUUAGCCAUGGCUGACAUCGACAAACUCAACAUAGACAGCAUCAUCCAGCGCCUGCUCGAGGUGAGGGGAUCGAAGCCCGGAAAGAACGUUCAGCUUCAUGAGAAUGAAAUCCGUGGCUUGUGUCUGAAAUCCAGAGAAAUCUUCCUCAGUCAGCCCAUCCUUCUGGAGCUGGAGGCUCCGCUGAAGAUCUGCGGUGAUAUCCACGGGCAGUACUACGAUCUGCUCAGGCUCUUUGAGUAUGGAGGAUACCCACCCGAGAGCAACUACCUGUUCCUGGGCGACUACGUGGACCGCGGCAAACAGUCUCUGGAAACCAUCUGUCUGCUGCUGGCGUACAAGAUCAAAUACCCCGAGAACUUCUUCCUGCUGAGAGGGAAUCACGAGUGUGCCUCCAUCAAUCGCAUCUAUGGCUUUUAUGAUGAGUGCCGGAGACGCUACAACAUCAAGCUCUGGAAGACCUUCACGGACUGUUUCAACUGUCUGCCCAUCGCCGCCAUUGUGGACGAGAAGAUCUUUUGUUGUCAUGGAGGCUUGUCUCCAGACCUGCAGUCUAUGGAGCAGAUCAGAUGAAUCAUGAGACCCACAGAUGUUCCAGAUCAAGGUCUCCUGUGUGAUCUGCUGUGGUCGGAUCCAGAUAAAGAUGUGCUGGGCUGGGGUGAGAACGACAGGGGCGUCUCCUUCACUUUUGGAGCUGAAGUGGUAGCCAAGUUCCUCCACAAACACGACCUGGAUCUCAUCUGCCGGGCCCAUCAGGUGGUGGAAGACGGCUACGAGUUCUUUGCUAAGAGGCAGCUGGUGACCCUGUUCUCCGCACCGAACUACUGUGGAGAGUUCGAUAACGCCGGAGCCAUGAUGAGCGUAGACGAGACCCUCAUGUGUUCUUUUCAGAUUUUGAAACCAGCUGAGAAGAAGAAACCAAACUCCAGUCGCCCAGUGACCCCACCCAGGAACAUGGUGACCAAACAGGCCAAGAAAUGAGGCGGGACUUCAUCAUACAGUCUUCAUGCGUCACAGUUUGGGAGGCGUGUCGAUCUGGCUUCCACUGACUGGGAACUGUUGACUGCGUGUGUUGUUUUAAUUCUUGUAUUUUUCUUCCGUUUACGUCCUUUUUCACCAGCGACACGUGGACUCCGAUAUUAGAGGGGUUUUUUUGUUUUGUUUUUUUGGAGACAGCAAUGGCUUUUAUAACCUUAACUACUUCAGGAUGACACAUCUUGGUUUUAAGCAAGCUCCGCCCAAUGUAACCAUGACAACACCCUUUCCCCGUUUAUAAAUACAGGGAGAAACUCUGGAGUUUUAAAUCGAAUUCUAUGUUUCACACGAUAUCCGCUCCUAACGGCUCGUUCAGACCACUGUGAACAAACGAAAUGUUUUCACUUGAUAGUACGAAGUAGAUAGCACCUAAAACAUGUUUGUUCUUUUGUGCCAUGAGAUUUGAUAUUCAGUCCACUCAUGUUUUACAAUACUUUUGUCGUUAUUGUGUCUUGGAAUUCUUUUAAAAGCCGAAAGCAGGAUAUAACAGAACAUGAAUGAAUGAAUGUUUGAAAUCUGUUUGCAGUAUUUGGUGUGAAAGCUUGUGCGUAUGCGAGUGAGAGACGUGGAAUGAAGGAAAUGAAGAUUCUUUGAGGUGGUAACCAACUUAAUGUUCAGUUUGUAUGUCUAAGUUGUUUGUUUUCCUGUUCGUUUUUGACAAGAUGCCUUGUAUUCUUACUCCAUUAUGUCUGGUAUCAGUUGAUUCAUGUAACCGGCGAUGUGUUUGCGUCGCAUUAUGGGCAUGUUGAUUGAUUUAUCACAAAAGGACUUUUUUGUUGCAUGCAUCUAGUAUUCGAAUAAGACACAGGGCCUUGGCUUUCUCAGGGCAUGCGACAUUCAGCAUGCCUUUAGAAUAAUGUAGCUCCUCAUCAGGUAUAUCACAUCAGGAAAACUUUUUUCUUGCAAAUUUUUACAGUAUUUCAUAUAAAUUCUAUGUGUAACCUAAACCCACUGUAAAUAUACAGGAAAUGUUUUGUCCAGUCUUGGCAAUAAUUCAGUUUUCACUCUAUAAAUAAAUGGGAGGAGUGAGAAUUGCA